UUGCUUUUGCCUAGUCAAAUAUGGCGCUGUAAAAGUCAAGGUUUGUUUUUCAUGGACGCAAAGUAUGUUUAAGUGCAUUAACCGAACGGCCCAGUUUACGAGAUAUAGCCAGUCAGCAGUGAACGGUUUCUGUCUUGACCAAGAUUUUAGGCUGGUGUCAUCCUUGCCACUCAGAAUGACCGACCAGGCUGUGAAGAGGGUGGUUAGUGACAUAAUUCGCUCUCCCGAGGACAAACGGGUUUACAGGGGUUUGGAGUUUACCAAUGGCCUGAAGGCCAUGCUCAUCAGUGACCCAACAACAGACAAAUCUUCAGCUGCGUUGGAUGUUCAAAUAGGUUCAUUAUCGGACCCAGGGAACAUAUCGGGCCUGGCACACUUCUGUGAGCACAUGCUGUUCCUGGGAACAAAGAAGUACCCCAAGGAGAAUGAGUACAGCCAGUUCCUCAGCGAGCAUGCAGGCAGCUCCAACGCCUUCACCAGUGGAGAGCAUACCAACUAUUACUUUGACGUGUCCCAUGAGCACUUGGAAGGAGCACUAGAUAGGUUCGCCCAAUUCUUCCUGUGCCCACUGUUUGAUGAGAGCUGUAAGGACCGGGAGGUGAAUGCUGUGGACUCUGAGCACGAGAAGAACCUGAUGAAUGAUGCCUGGAGGCUGUUCCAGUUAGAGAAGGCCACUGGCAACCCUGACCACCCCUUCAGUAAAUUUGGAACAGGUAACAAAUUGACCCUUGAGACCCGGCCGUCUCAAGAUGGGAUUGACAUCCGUCAGGAGCUCCUGAAGUUUCAUUCUACAUAUUACUCCUCCAACCUCAUGGGACUGUGCGUGUUAGGAAGAGAAUCAUUAGAUGAGUUGACCUCCAUGGUGGUUAAGCUAUUUGGUGAAGUGGAGAACAAGAACGUACCUAUCCCAGAAUUCCCUGAGCACCCCUUCCAGGAAGAACACCUCAGACAAUUCUACAAAGUGGUGCCUAUUAAAGACAUCAGGAACCUGUAUGUGACUUUCCCCAUCCCGGACCUACAGAAGUACUACAAAUCUAACCCAGGACAUUAUCUGGGACAUCUGAUUGGUCAUGAAGGACCCGGAAGUUUGUUAUCUGAGCUCAAGUCUAAAGGCUGGGUGAACACACUUGUGGGAGGGCAGAAAGAAGGAGCCAGAGGAUUCAUGUUCUUUAUCAUCAAUGUGGACUUGACUGAGGAGGGCCUCUUGCACGUUGAGGACAUCAUCUUCCACAUGUUCCAGUACAUCCAGAAACUGCGUACUGAGGGACCACAGGAGUGGGUGUUUGAGGAGUGCAAGGAUUUAAACAAAGUGGCCUUCAGGUUCAAGGACAAGGAGCGACCCCGUGGGUACACUUCCAAAGUGGCUGGUCUUGUACACUACUACCCUCUUGAAGAGAUUCUCGCAGCAGAGUACCUGUUGGAGGACUUCAGGCCCGAUCUGAUCGAGAUGGUGCUGGAUAAGCUGAGACCAGAGCAUGUUAGAGUUGCAGUGGUGUCAAGGUCAUUUGAGGGGCAAACCAACAAAACAGAAGAGUGGUAUGGCACACAGUACAAACAGGAGGCCAUCUCUGAAGAGUCCAUUGAGAAAUGGGCAAGUGCAGACCUCAACGGCAAGUUCAAAUUGCCGAUGAAAAACGAGUUCAUCCCUACCAACUUUGAGAUCUACCCUCUUGAGAAAGACUCUCCAUCAGUCCCCGCUUUAAUCAAGGACACAGCUAUGAGCAAGGUGUGGUUCAAGCAGGAUGACAAGUUCUUCUUGCCCAAGGCAUGCCUGAACUUUGAGUUCUUCAGUCGUUACCUAUACGCAGAUCCCCUGCACUGCAACAUGACCUACUUGUUACUCAUGUUACUGAAGGACGAUUUAAAAGAGUAUACAUAUGCAGCCCGCCUGGCCGGGCUGGUGUAUGGCCUAGCUUCGGGGAUGAAUGCCAUCCUCCUGUCUGUUAAAGGUUACAGUGACAAACAGCAUAUCCUGCUGAAGAAGAUCAUUGAGAAGAUGGCCACCUUUGAGGUAGAUGAGAAGCGCUUUGACAUCAUCAAAGAAGCGUACAUGAGGUCUUUGAAUAACUUCAGAGCCGAGCAGCCUCACCAGCACGCCAUGUACUACCUCCGUCUACUAAUGACCGAGGUUGCUUGGACCAAAGACGAGCUCAAAGAGGCUUUGGACGAUGUAACUCUCCCACGCCUCAAGGCCUUCAUACCUCAGCUAUUGUCACGGCUACAUAUUGAAGCCCUUCUCCAUGGCAACAUCACCAAGGAGUCUGCUCUUGGCAUGAUGCAAAUGGUGGAGGACACGCUCAUUGAGCAUGCUCACACAAAGCCCCUCCUCCCGAGCCAACUGAUUCGCUACAGAGAGGUGCAGGUUCCAGACGGUGGCUGGUAUGUUUACCAGCAGAGGAACGAGGUGCACAACAAUUGCGGCAUUGAGAUCUACUAUCAGACAGACAUGCAGACCACUCACGACAACAUGCUGCUGGAGCUGUUCUGUCAGAUCAUCUCUGAGCCCUGCUUCAACACACUGAGAACCAAAGAACAGCUGGGCUACAUUGUGUUCAGUGGGCCCCGACGGGCUAACGGAGUGCAAGGCCUGCGCUUCAUCAUCCAGUCGGAGAAGGCGCCCCACUACCUGGAGAGCCGCGUGGAGGCUUUCCUCUGCACCAUGGAGAAGGCCGUGGAGGAGAUGAGCGAGGAAGCCUUCCAGAAACACAUCCAGGCCCUGGCCAUCCGCCGCCUGGACAAGCCUAAGAAGCUGUCUGCCGAGUGUGCCAAGUACUGGGGAGAGAUCAUCUCUCAGCAGUAUAAUUUUGAUAGAGAUAACACCGAAGUGUCCUAUCUGAAGACUUUAAGUAAAGAGAACAUAAUGCACUUCUACAGAGACCGGCUGACCGUCGAAGCCCCGAAGAGACACAAGGUGUCCGUGCACGUCCUGUCCAGAGAGAUGGACUCCUGUCCGAUAGUGGGAGAGUUCCCUGCUCAGAAUGAUGUCAACCUGGCCCCUGCUCCUUCCCUGCCACAGCCCACGCUUGUUCAGGACAUGACGGAGUUCAAGAGGAGCCUGCCUCUCUUCCCCCUGGUCAAGCCUCACAUCAACUUCAUGGCCGCCAAACUGUGA